AUGGCUCUCUGGCCCUUCCGUCGGCGGAGCCGUAGAAAGAGGCCCCGUAGUGGGAACCAGUCUGAGGGCGAAGGUGCUUCAAGGGGCGCGCCAGACGACGUAGCCCGUGCUCGCAGCAGGAGGAAAACCGAGCCUGCCAACCCCAGCGCUUCGGAACCCCUGCCCACCGCCCCGAUCCCAAUCAAGAGACAACCGAACAAGCUACACCGUCGAGAACGCACCUACAGCUUCGAAGAAGGGAGGGACGAUGACUUGGUGGUCCACCGGCAGAGACCCAGUCGAAAAACAGGGGCAAGGGUGGCCUCCCAGGGUCCAGUGGGCCCCCGCGUCCACUCUCGUUCAAAAGAGUCGGGCAUCCUCAAUCCAACCGACCCUUCUGUCUUCAAUUCCGACAACUUCCCAAGGAUGCCGACCCUACACAACAAACGUAAUGGCGAGCACCUACCGCCCAAAAAGUCAAGUAAGCGGAGGAAGGCCGACCAUGCCCGCGAGCAGGAGAUCAAAGCCAUGAGUAGCUUCGAGCCAAUGCGGCCGGCAGCUGAGCCAUGGCAGUCAGGACGGCCCAUGAAGCGGGAUAGCAGGAGAGUCAAGACCGGGCUCGGACUCGGUUUCCGGCGGUCUUGGGAGAAGGAGCACCCAACCUCGGACAUAUCACUACCAAUGCCUGGGAGCAUUCACUCCAGCCUCUCCUCUGAUUCAGAGCAGGUCUCAUUUAAGGUGUCAGCCCUAGAAGCUCUGGCGCCGCGGCCGACCUUGAGGUAUGCCGUCUACCCUCGGUAUGGCACACCGCCCUCUGGGUCCGGUCGGCACCUGUCAGUGAAGAACAAGUUGUCGGAGAGGGAGCCAAUCCCCGAGGCAACGCUGAAGGCACACAAGCGAAUCGACGACCUCGCCGACGAUCUUACUGCAAGUGACCUCAGAGAAUUAAUGGAGCGCGACGAGCGCAGGAGAGCCAAGAAGCGAGAACGAGAACAAGAAAGAAUGGAACGGAGACUAGCCAGAAGGGCUGAGAAGGAACGGGCAGCCAAGAGAGAGGGGAGGGAAUCACCACCCAACAUGGAACGAGGCGUCCUCGGUCGAGAAUCGGUCGGCUUGGGCAUAGGUCCCGAGUCCGCUGUUGUGACGUCUUCGAAGAAGAGAACAUCCCCCAGUCCCACGGCGAAGCAGCUUGGCAAGCGCCCCGCUGCAGAUAUGGAGGAUGAUCACGAUAUUGAUGACCAUGCCGCCAACGGACCUCUCGAACAUUUCCACAGGACCGACAGCAUACCACUGGAUCAAGUGUCCAUGGCAGACGGCUCAGAGCAGCCCGAGGCGCCACGGGCAGAGCGAACGGAGAGCCCGAGGAAGAAGAUCGCUUUGAUGUCGAGGGUGUCGAGAUCAAAGUCACCUCACCCAUCUGAGCCUGCCAAGACCGACAUGUCCGACUCACUCAGAAAGGUUUCCGAAGGAAGCUCUGCUCCAUCAAGACCGAGACGGUCAUGGACCAAUCUGUUCAGAUGGGGCAGCAGGUCGAAGCGCAAUUCUGGCCCAUCCUCAUUUUCCAACACCUCCCGGGACUCGAUGUCGGCGAAUUAUGUGCCAGCCCCUCCUAUCUCGGCUGCCCUGACACGCAAACUUAGCAGCAACGUGCCAAAGAGGACCAUGUCUCGGUUCCGCGAAGACCUGCCAGAGUUGCCUCUGUCCCCACCUCACUCGCCUGACGCCGAGCCUUUACCAGCUGCAAUCAUUGAGCAGGACUCACCGGAGCUCGAAGCCAACUCUCGUCUCGAAGAGACGGUGCCAAAGCGUCGAGACACACCUAUGUCGCCGGAGGAAGGCACCGUGAGAAGCCUUCCGCAAAGCGUACCGACAUCAGUUGAUCCGUCUCCCGAACCACAAGCGAUGUCUUUGAACUCCGUGGAUUCGGAGGGCGCAUGGUUCGGGAAAAGAAUGACGCCCCGCCGAUCGAUUCCUACGCCAGUCUCGCCGCCUCGCUUUGAGCACCAUCGUACGCCGUCUAUGAGCUCUGACGGCUCCUCACACCACGACCCGGACCUUCCAACUCAGGAGAUACAAGACGAAGAAGGCGCUUACAUCGCUGAUGACGAGUACCUGGAUCGGUUUGCGAAUCACCGGAGCUCAGACUCUCAUGCCACCAACGCGCGUCCAUCUUCUGACGAACUUGAUGAUCCUCGCUGGGGCACUGUCGGUGGACACCAACCCAAUGUUGUUACUGGGAACUUUGUAAAAAGCCGCGAAGGACUGCUCAACACAUUUUCUGACGAAGACGACGCCAGCGAUCUGAGUGAUAGCGACAUAGAGAUCAAUAUCGAGGACGGUGAGGGAGGCCUCAAGCGUGCGACGAGCAUUACCCAACAAAAGGGCAACGCCAAGUUGCUUGAGAUCUCACCGCGUUCUUCUGAGGACGCAAGGAGGAGAAUCUCGGCCAGCUAA